AUGCUCACCCGAGAGCCUUACCAAGGAGGAGCCCGCAAGCUUGUCCUUGCUUUUGAUGUAGGGACCACUUACAGCGGUGUCUCAUAUUGUAUCCUCGACCCCGGAGAAGUUCCCCAAAUCCAUAGUGUGGCUCGGUAUCCUGCACAGGACCAUGUCGGGGGCCAUUUCAAGAUUCCCUCCAUCCUUUACUACGACCAAGGCCACAAUGUACGUGCGGUCGGGGCAGAAGCACUUCAAGAAUCCGUUGUCGAGAAAGCAAUGGACCAGCAGUGGAUUAAGCUUACUUGGUGGAAGAUGCAUAUGCGUCCCAAGCAUCUUGCUGCUGCACAUAUCAGCGACAGCGACAUCCCGCCUCUCCCGCAAGAACUCACUUCCACACGUGUUCUUGCUGACUUCAUGGCGUACCUCUUUCGCUGCGCUCAAACCUAUAUCGAAGAAGCGCAUGUCAGCGGUAGGAGCCUGUUUGCUUCCUCUGGGAGGAAAAUCGACUUUGUCCUAUCUCAUCCGAACGGGUGGGAAGGACCGCAACAGAGCCAGAUCCGUCAGGCUGCCGUCCUAGCCGGGCUCAUUCCUGAUACCCCCGAGGGACAGGCGCGCGUUCGGCUCGUGACUGAAGGAGAGGCAAGCUUACAUUUCUGCAUAUCCAACAUGCUUGCCUCGGAUAGUUUCUCGCGCGUGGUCAUUGAGAAACCUGGGUUCGAUUUGAAGGCGAGCAAAAUGACCGACGCAGGUGUCAUCAUCGUUGAUGCUGGCGGAGGUACGAUCGAUCUCAGCGCCUAUGCUAGCACAGGCUCGCCGUUGUCUUUCGAAGAGAUUGCACCUACAGAAUGUUCGUAUUACCCUCUUGGGUCUGUAUUUGUCACCCGUCGUGCCAGCACGAUGAUAAAAGGCUACGGGUCUCGUUUCGGCGCUACUGACUACGUCGAUCAAAUGACCGCCGCCUUCGACCAGGAAGCCAAGAUUCGCUUCAGGGGUGUCGACGAGCCAACCUAUGUCAAGUUUGGCACUAUCCGUGACACGGAGCUCUCGCAUAACAUUCGAAACGGGCGCCUCAAGCUUCAAGGGCAAGACGUGGCCCAACUAUUCAGGCCGUCGAUUCAGAGCACCAUCGAUGCCAUCGACAAACAGCGAGUCGCAUCCAACAGCCAUAUCUUGUUUGUUUUUCUCGUGGGCGGGUUCGCCAUGAGCGACUACGUGUUCUCUGAGCUUCAAGCGCACCUCUCAGCCAACGGGCUCAUCCUCAGCCGUCCGCGCAGCGAUACAGGGAAAGCCGUUGCUGAAGGCGCUGCGUCAUUUUACGUUGAUCAUCUCGUGUCUACCCGGGUCUCAAGGUUUACGUAUGGCAUUGACUGUAACACUCCUUUCGAUAAAAAAAACCGACAGCACGCGCUACGGAGGCAUAACAUGUAUACGCAGGUUUCGGGAGUCCAAGUGAUCCAGAACGUAUUCAGUAUCAUUCUCCACAAAGCGACUCGAGUCUCGGAAACUCAGGAGUACAGGCGCUCUUACUGGAUGACCUCCGUCAAGAGAACGGGCUUACUUUCCUUGAAUCAGAAAAUUCUUGCACAUCGGGGCGAUGCGCCUGCUCCAUCCUUUACAGAUGAGGACAGAGGAGCGCUUUCAACUGCUUGCACGGUGUACGCAGAUACGUCAAAAUUCGCUCGAUUGCUUCAAGCUCGCAGUGGACCGUCGUCUACGUACUAUGAGUUGAAGUUCGAUAUAGUGCUGCUCUUCGGAUUGACGGAGCUGCAAGCGCAAAUUAGCUGGAUCGAAAACGUAAGCCCUGUUAUUCGUAUUGUUUAG